UUUAACCGGGUACUUUAGUAAGAUUAUAUUACAUAAUGUAUAAGAGUUAGCUAAACAACUACAUUGAUUUUGUAAUGAGUCACUUCUAUGCAAGCGUUGGAUCUAACAAGUGCCAGAAUGAACUGUUAUAUAACUAAUAUUUUUUCAUCCAACUUGGAUUUAUUUUACAAAGUAUAAAUUCUUAUGUUAUAGAUUCGCUUGAAUUAGAAAAUUUAUUUAAUCGAUACCAUAACCAUUGAUUUAGUAACAUGGCCUCGACCGUUCGAACAAAAAGUGCAACAAUCAUUGAUGCUUUAUAUGUUAAUCAAUUGUGCCGAGAAAAAUCAAAUCGUGUUUCACUAGAACGACCGAAGAGACUUGGAAGUUUUUCAUACUAUGAUGAUAAUAAUGGUAGUGAUUACUGUCCAGAUAUAUCAGCUCUACGGUACUUGGCCUUACCUAAUCCAGCCAAUAUCAACUGUCUACAAGGAUAUGAUCAUAAUGUAAGUUAUGAUCAUUCUAAUUCUAGAGUUAUGCUCUUAUUGCGAUGGGUCUUGGACAACGAAACAACUAUGCAACAGUUUCCUUCGGAUUUCAUUUGUUACAAUGGUGUAAUCAAAGAUAUGAUGACUGUUAAGCAUAAUAAUCACGAUUGGAACCUUACUGCCAUCAAAAUCAGAGGGAAAAUUAUUCUUAAUAGCAAGGAAACUAUUGAGGCGAAAGAUAGGAUUGGCAUUGAAGCAGAAAAGGACAACAAAUUGAGUUAUGUAGCUUUGAGUUUACAACGUUUGAUUACCAAGAACAACAAUUGUCCUAAAUGUAUUUCUGGUAAGGAAAAUGAUUAUUUUUAUGGUGUUUUUCACUCAAAUAUUGGCUCCCAUCGAAUCCUUCAUGUUGGACAAUUGGACUGUGCUGAAAGCAAACAAGAACUGAAUAAACAUUUCGAUGAUAUGAAGUUUGUUUCAAUUGAAAAGUUCGAUGCUCCCAAAGAAUCACAGAGCUCUUAUCAAAGUAGCACAUGGUGGUCAAUGGCUACUCUUGCUGGAGUUGAUACAAUUAUCCGUGCUAAAUGUGGACGAGAUUUUACUAUUCAAAAUGUCGAUAAGUUGGAGGUUAAGGAUCUAAUCUGUAAACAGAGACAAAUGAUAUUUGUUACUUCAUUGAAUGUGGUUCUUAAUUUUAUCAAGUCAAUUGUGACAGAGAAAUAUAAAUGUUAUACUUUUCAUUUCAAUGGCAAGGAUAAACAGUUGGUUGGAUACAUGAAAGAAUCAGAGAAAAGUUUCAUUCCAUUUUGGUACAUUAAUGGACAACCUUCUCGCACAUCUUAAUGACCAUUCAUUAGCACAUACAAUGUACUUUAAUCUGUGGUUUAUCUGAACUAAGGCUCCGAUUUCUGGUUAAAUCAAGUAUCCAAUUGUAAUCUGAAUUUUCAUCUCUCUACUUCAUAGGAAUUGACUAAUCAGGUUUCAACUAUCAAUAAACUAAUAAUUAACUAACAUCUUUUUCCCACCAACAAGUUUAAAGUCAAUUUUUGCAGAGCUUAGUCUUCGCUUCACUCAGAUUACUAUGUUACUAUGAGUAGUCAAACGAAUACAUUGAGUUAAUGAGAAAUUUAUGCUGUUUAAGAUGUUUAGUUAACCCUUAUUUCAUUACUUGUUGUGAAAAUCAAUAAUAAUUUCUAAUAGCGACUCAGCUUUCUAACUCAAAAUAUCUUAAAUGCUUUCUUUGAGUCAAGGUGUUACUUUUAGGCAAGAGUUGACUCUAGGAUGGGUAAAAACGGAUUGUCCAGACGAAUCAUCUCUUCGGUACUUGGACUUACCUAAAUCAGUCUCUAUCGACUGCCUCCAAGGAUAUGAUCCAAACAUCAAGUAUGGAUAUGAAGAGCCAAAAAGGGUAAACUUAUUGCGAUGGAUUUUUAAAAAUGAAACAAUUGUUCGCCACUUUACUUACGACUUCAUCUGCAACUGUAGUUUGUUGAAAGAUCUGAUGAUUUCUUCAUAUACUUCUUCUAACUGGCACCUUUAUGCUGUCAAAAUCAAAGGAAAGAUCAUAUUGAAUCGAAUCAUAUCGACUGAGAAUGGAAGCAUUGUUACACGAUCUGAACAGGACAAAAAAUCGACUUAUGCAGCUUCUAAUUUGCAACGUUUGAUCACUCUAAAUGUUUCCUGGAAGUUACAAGUGACUUUUUUUCAAACCCAACACCUGAAGAUGAUAAAAAUAGCUUUUGAACAAUUGUUUUGCAUUAAUGAUCUAUUAAUUGCCUUGUUGAUUGUUGAUAAACUGUUGCAUUAUUGUAUCAUAAAUUAAGUCUUCACGAUUAAAAAGGACCUUUGUUUAAACAAAGUUUGUUUUGAGUUUCUUAAAAACAUUGAGUUAUAAAAUGGGAUAUUACAUCGGAUAACAUUGAAUGUGAUGCACUGGUAGCUGUACCUAACGCAACAAAUCGGUCAAUUUUUAUCGUAGUCGCCAUCAAUCAGUCUCUGAAAUUAACUCCAAAGUCGAGCAUUAUUUUCGUAUUAAUGUCUCUAAAACAAUAAAAUACCAAAGAUGGCGACACCGAAACAUUGCGCUAAGUGCAGCUACCAGUGUAACUGAUACUUAUAACAGAAUAAAGUUGUAAAGGUUUUGUGUUCACGCAUCUUAUUAAUAGAUUCAUUUUGCAAAGUUAUUUUGCUUUAACACAUUGAGUGAUAUUUGUGUCUAAAAUACGUUUUCAGAAGUAAACUUAAGACGAUACCGCAACCCUUGAUCGAUUAAUUGACCAUAGAUUUAGCAACAUGUCCUCGAUGAUUGAAACAAAAAGUGCUAGUGUCAUCAGUGAGAUAAAUAUGAAUCGGUUGUGCCGCGAUAUGAAGGAUGUUUCACUGGAAGGACCAACAAGAAUUGGAUAUUACUCGAGCUAUAAGAAUGAUGAAAAAGAAAGUGUUUUUUUACCAGACAAAUCAUCUCUAGCAUAUUUGGAUUUACCUAAUCCAGUCUACAUCGACUGCCUUCAAGGAUACGACAAGAAAGCCAAGUACGGUCAUAUCCUUCGUGGAGAGAUGCUCAUGUUGCGAUGGGUUUUGAACAAUAAAGCAACCAUGCAAAAGUUUCCUUCGGAUUUCAUCUGCUACAAUGGUCUUUUGAGAGACUUGAUGAAUGUAAAGUAUACUGAUGCCGAUUGGAACAUUUCUGCUACUAAAAUCGAAGGAAAAAUUAUUCUCAAUAGGAAAGCAACGAUUGAGGCAAAAGAAAGGGUUGAAACUCAAUGUAAAAGAGCUAAUCAAUCAUCCUAUGUAGCUGACAAUUUACCACGUUUGAUUACUAAGAAUAUUAAUCAUUCUCAGUGUUCUUCGAGAAGAUUGAAGGAUUCAUUUCACGGCGUUUUUCAUACAAAAGUUGGUUCUCAUCGUAUUUUGCAUGCAGGAUAUUUGGAUUGUGUUGAAAGUGAACAAGAAUUGACUAAACCUUUCGAUGAGAUGAAGUUUGUUUCGAUCAAAAAGUUCAAUGCUUCGAGACAAUCACAUUCAACAUUUCAAGCAUACAAUUGGUGGUCAUUGGCUAAACUUGCUGCAGUUGAUACGAUUGUUCGCGUUAAAUGUGAUUGGGAUUUUAUGGUUAAAAAAAUCGAUAUGUUGGACGGACAGAGUCUAAUCCAUAAAGACAGACAAAUUAUGUUUUUUGCGACAUUGAAUACGGUUCUUGAUCAUUUCAAGUCAAUCGUUACAGAGGAAAAUAAAUGUUAUAAAUUCAUUUUCAAUGCCAAGAAUAGAAAGUUGACUAGCUACAUGAUGAUGGACCUUGAUGAAAGUUUAAUUCCAUCUUGGUAUAUUGAUCAACAAAUUUCUAUUGAAUGUUAAAAAACAUUUAUUUGAAUAUUGUGUUUUCACAUUCAACAGAUAAAUAAAUCAACAAAAAUUUAAAUUAUUAUAA